AUGUCGAAGGCUCCUAGCACAUUCAAGCGAUUCGUCGAGGUCGGCCGGGUCGUCCUCGUCUCCAAGAAAGACUCGGAGGAUGAUGGCAAGCUCGCCGUCAUCACAGAGAUCAUUGAUGCCAACCGGGCCAUCAUUGACGGCCCAGUCACUGGUGUUGCCCGUCAACCGUUGGCGUACAAGUACAUGAUCCUUACCCCUCUCGUCGUCAAGGAGCUUCCCCGGGCGGCAGGCACACCGACUGUCAAGAAGUACUUUGAGAAGGCGGACAUUGCUGCCAAGUGGGCGCAAUCGUCAUGGGCCAAGAAGCGCCAGGCGUCCAAGGCACGCAAGGAGGCGAACGACUUCCAGCGCUUCGAGAUCAUGCUGCUCAAGAAGCAGAGGCGAAGGAUGCUCGGUGCCGCCGCCAAGAAGGUUUCGGUCUAAUCGAUAGACAGGCAUGUGCCACGCUUGCCUUCUUUACGCCGCUUCAUCGCUGCUGCCACAGCUCUCCAUGAUCGCACACUUGUAUUUUGACCUCCAUGCAAGCUAGGGUACUAAAAGCACAUCUA